UCUCUCUCUAUCUCUCUCUGCUCUCCUGUUGUAUAGCAGCACCUGCCGAUGAUUCCAGCGAAGGAUAUUGGACUUACGCCAAUUCACUGCUGCUGCUUUCAGACUCAUAAUGAACUGAAGAGAUGACCUUCAUGACUCUCUUCGUCGUCAAAAAUUGAGUCUUACGGUUGUCAUUUCACUAUAUUAUGACUCAUCCCUCUCAUGAUUGCCAUGCUGGUGGUGUUAUGUAAGAUCACAUCAGUUUGUGAUUUUCCUGGAAAAUACUGUCGUAGUUUUUGUGUUCUUGGUGUUUGUAUUAGUCUUUGUUUCCAGUUCACACAAGAGCUUUUGUGCGUUUGUCUUCUCUGAGUUUGAGGGGAGCCAUGUUCCCUGUUUUACUAUUUGUGAUUGCGUUCUUAAACCCUGGAGCUUUUGGAGAUGGAUCCGGUCGAAACGUUUCAUCGAGGCCAGCGGUGGUGAAUGUUGGAGCAAUUUUCACAUUUGAUUCUGCGAUAGGCCGCGUCGCCAAGAUCGCCAUUGAUGCUGCAGUAGCUGAUAUCAAUGCCGAUUCCAGCGUUCUUCGUGGGAUUAAGCUGAAUGUUACUCUUUCGGAUUCCAACUCCAGUGGUUUUCUUGGCAUUGUUGAAGCUCUACAGUUCAUGGAGAAGGAUACUGUUGCCAUAAUUGGGCCACAGUCCUCUACGAUUGCUCAUGUGAUGUCACACGUUGCCAAUGAACUCCAAGUUCCAACCCUCUCUUUUGCUGCCACAGAUCCAUCUCUUGCUUCACUGCAGUACCCAUUUUUCGUUAGGACAACCCAAAGUGAUUUGUAUCAAAUGUCCGCAAUCGCUGCUGUCGUUGAUUAUUACCACUGGAAAGAGGUGGUUGCACUUUAUAUUGAUGAUGAUUAUGGUAGGAAUGGUAUCUCUGCUUUAGGAGACAAAUUUCAGGAGAGAACAUGCAAGAUUUCUUUCAAAGCUGCAUUGCCUCCUGGAAUGACUAGCAGUGAUAUCACUGAUGUGCUGGUUAAAUUGGCAUUAAUGGAAUCAAGAGUCAUUGUUGUCCAUGUCAGUGACCCUGUUGCAGGUCUUAUGAUCUUCUCUGUUGCAAAGCAUCUUGACAUGGUUGCCGAUGGAUAUGUGUGGAUAGCUACUGAUUGGCUUUCCUCUUAUCUCGACACUUACCCUGCCAAUUCUGAGACAACAAUUUCACUCCAGGGAGUUCUCAUGACACGACAGCAUGUACCUGAUUCAGAUCAGAAGAAAGCUUUUACAUCCAGGUGGACCAAUUUGGUUAAGAAAGAGGGAAUGGAUACCUCAAUGUUGGGGUUGAAUACUUAUGGUUUAUAUGCAUAUGAUACUGUCUGGCUAAUAGCAUAUGCAGCCAAUGCUUUUCUUGAUGGAGGAGGUACUAUUUCCUUCUCCAGUGAUCCAAAAUUGAAUGGUAUGCAGGGAAGCAAGAUGAACCUUCAAACGUUAAGCUUAUUCAACGGAGGAAAGCAGUUGCUGAAAAGAGUCCUAGAAGCAAACUUUACUGCCUUAACUGGCAAGAUUCAGUUUGAUUCGGAUAGGUACUUGGUUCGUCCUGCGUAUGAUAUAAUUAAUGUUGUUGGAACUGCACGCAGAGUGAUUGGUUAUUGGUCUAAUUAUUCUGAAUUAUCAGUGGAGGCACCAGAAAGCCUCUACUCUAGGCCUCCAAAUGCUUCAAAUCAGCAGCUUCAUAAUGUUAUCUGGCCUGGAGGAGCAGCAGCAAUUCCUCGUGGAUGGGUUUUUGCAAAUAAUGGAAGGCAGUUGAGAAUAGGUAUCCCCAACAGAUUUAGUUAUAAGGAAUUUGUCUCAGUAGUUAAUGGAACUGAUACAGUGAAGGGCUUCUGCAUAGAUGUAUUUGUUGCUGCAGUGAACAAUUUACCAUAUGCUCUUACUUAUAAAUUCAUACCAUUUGGGAAUGGUAAAGCAAAUCCAAGCUACCGUGAGCUUGUACGGAUGGUUCAAACAGGGUUCUUUGAUGCAGCAGUUGGGGACAUUGCAAUUGUUACCGACAGAACAAGGGCUAUAGACUUUACACAGCCUUAUGCUGAGUCUGGGCUUGUUGUUGUAGCUCCAACCAAAAGGACGAAAUCAGGUGCCUGGGCAUUCCUGAGGCCCUUUACUUUAAAGAUGUGGGGUGGAACUGUAGCGUUUUUGCUUGUGAUGGGAAUGGUUAUAUGGAUUCUGGAACACAAGGUGAAUAGAGAUUUCCGUGGCACGCCAAAAAAACAAGUAGCCACAGUUCUCUGGUUUAGCUUCUCAACAAUGUUUUUUGCUCACAGAGAGGAAGUUGUUAGUGUCCUUGGACGUCUUGUGCUCAUAAUGUGGCUGUUUGUGGUCCUCAUAGUUAACUCAAGUUACACCGCGAGCUUGACUUCAAUACUUACAGUACAACAGCUCUCUUCACCAAUCACAGGAAUUGAUAGUUUGAUAUCAAGUGGUGAGCCGAUUGGAUUCCAAGUAGGAUCCUUUGCCGAGAAAUAUCUGAUAGACCUAGGUGUACGAAAGUCUAGGCUGAUUGAACUUGGCUCUCCAGAGGCCUAUGCAGCAGCCUUAGAGAAAGGUCCAGCAAAUGGAGGUGUUGCUGCUGUGGUCGAUGAACGUCCAUAUAUCGAUCUUUUUCUCUCGAAAUACUGCAAGUUUUCCGUUCGAGGGAAUGAGUUUACCAAGAGCGGCUGGGGCCUUGUAUUUCCCCGCGAUUCUCCUUUAACAGUUGACUUCUCCACUGCCAUCCUUACUUUGGCAGAAAGUGGUGAGCUACAAAGGAUCCAUGACAAAUGGCUGAAAAACUCAGGUUGCAGUUCACAGAGCACAGACAUCAGCUCAGAUCAGCUUGACCUGAACUGCUUCUGGGGGCUCUUUCUGAUAUGUGCAAUGGCAUCAGUUCUUGCACUCUCUCUAUACUUCAUUAGGAUAUUCAUCCAGCAAAAGCACCAACCAGAUGUCUCUGCAGAUGUCGAAGGUGGCUCCAGGUCAUGUAUAUGGAGGUGUCUUUUGUUUCUUGAUAAGAAGGAACAAAGCAAGUUGGAUAAAAUGCCAACAGAGCGAACUCUCAGCAGCAGCAGUGUGGUUGGCCCAGCAUGAAUCGUUGGUUUUAUAAAUUUGAAAAAGUUUACUAAGAAAAUUGCAGAAAGUUGCAAUAUUAGAUAGUUCAAUGCUCUGAGAAUCUGGUAAAGCACAAGAAGAUCUAUUCCGGUGCAUCAACAAAGGCCUUUACAGAAAUCACAGUCUGAAAUCCUACCAUCUAUUACACCCAAGUACAGGUACUAGGCAGUCAAGUGAAACUAGAUCCAUUUCCCCAUCUCAUGGUUUAACAUCUAUGUUCAAUGGUGUUGUAAGUCAUUUCUCCGUUUGACAUUACAAGGUUUUAUAAAGAUAGCAGUAGAUAGAAUUUUAAUUUAACUAAGCUUUUGAAGAACAGAUGCUCUACCUAAUUCCACUUGAAGUUUCCAAGGCUUGUAUCACAGUAUGGGACAAACUUUUUCCCUUCUUAUCAUAUUGCCCUGUUCUAGUUAUCUAUUGCUAUAUUUUGCUCGCCUGGCGAAGAGCUCUUGUUGGCAGUCUAACGAAUCCAGAUUUGUUCAUGAAAAGCUUAAUCAUAGACACAUUUAUUUGUAUAUUGAUUUUUGUCUUUGGCGUGAGGAAAAGCGACCUUGCUAUUCCCAAGUGAUGAUAUGCUGAGUCAAGUUUUGUCCUUAGCCACCUUCUCCAACCAAAAUCCAUGUUUUGUCCUCAACCACCUUCUCCAACCAAUCCACACUCUCAGCUCAGCCCACAAUUAC